UAAGUAUAAGCAAUUUAAUCGUUUAGAACAAAUCAAUUUUGCAAAGACCUUCUUAAUAUUUUUUUUGCACACAUAGUGGUUUUAUUCAUCAACAACGCAUUUUUUAUUGGUACAUGUCGAGGGAGUGUAGCGUGCAUGUCAUCACUAAACCUCAUGCAUGCUUGCGUCAGACUAGACUUUAUUUUUUUUCGUGGUUGGUUAUGCCAUUUUAAAGGACCUUUGGCAUACCUGUUGGCGCGAAGAUUCUACUGGUGACGUCAUGACAAUUGACCAAUAGGACAGUGAGGGAUAUUUCAAGCCGCUCUCGACGCAGCAUAAUAUGCAUUCUUUUUCACUGGGUGAAUUUACAAUACAGUUCAAAUCCAUUCAGGCGAAACAAGUCGACCCCUAGAUUUUGUCGCUCGCUCGGUCUCUGCGCGACAUCAUGCAUUAAAGCUCGCUUCGCUCACUUUUAAGAACUUAUCAGAGGUCGACAUGUAGAAAGUCUAGCGUCAGACGAGCAGUAUCUAAAAGAUGCAAGUAAGCAGAUGGCAAUGCUGUCAUUUUUCAUUUGAGCUUAGAGGCCAAUUUAGGACGUUGUUGAAUUCAAAAAUUUCCGGUCUUCAGUCGUCCAAAUAAAUUCACCAAAUCCGUCGGAUCCAAAAACAAAUCCACGCUAGAAAGAUGCAGCUUCGGUGAGUGGAUUCACUGGUUUCGUGUGGACGAAAAACCGAUUGGUAUAACAAAAAUAAACGGUUCAAAAAAAUCAGGAUUUGUGACUGAGGAUGCCGCCUAUAAAAGUUGUAAUGUUGCCAAGUUACCCAUACACAAAGAGUGCAUAUGCAAAGAAUUUUUGCUUACAAACAAGGCUUGAAAUUUGGUGAAAUUGACUCGUCUGACGUAAUAAUGCAAAAAAGCCAUUUAGUAUCGCCAAAAGAAAAUAAAAGGACAAGGCCCCUGAACUAAGAAGUCGACAUUGUUGGAAAGGUUUUAACCUGGCUUAAACUCUUGGCUAUAACCAUCGUAUAGUAAAUGUUACGUUACCAGCCGCCUUGGAUGCUUAAAAGCAUCCAAUAAAAAAAAUUGUGGUUAUUUCUUAUCAUCAUUUCAGAUUCUUGACCGCCAAUAGUUUGAGUGUGAUUCCGAGUGGGGCCACCUUUCUUUAUAAAUUUGACGUGAACGUAAUGUGAGUAGCUUAUUUAUAGUGCGAGUAUUACAUUUUGCUAGUAAGAGUUGAAUUUGUGAGUAGAAUUUGAAGCCGUCGUGAAUGUUUUACUGAGUGAAAACGUUUGUAAAACGGCGUUUUUCUACCCUCGUGAUGACGAAUGGCGUAGCAGUUCUUGAUCCUUCCUUUUGUGACACUUUUUCCUUCUAAAACAGUUAAAUAUUUAAAUUAUUAUGUCAUAUGACGACCACCCCUUUUCCAGAUAAUUUGUGUUGUCAGUUGUCCAGCUUAAUCUAAUAAACAGUCGUUCCGGAGGGGUCCAGAGAGACUUUAAGAUGAUUUGAGACCAAUUUUUUUCCGUUCAAAAAGGCUACCUUAUUUUUGACUAGGCUGAAAAUAUAUCCGUUUCAAAUGAAAAAUAAUAUUUGCAGCCGUGAACACACAGGCUUCUCAGGUAGGUUUCUGCACGGAACAGCAAACCGUCAGUCAUAGUGUAGCAACUAAAACGGCUAAAGCGAGAUAAAUACUUUCUUGUCCAUCGUUUGGAUUGGAUGAAUCUAUCUUUCAGGAGUUCAGCGUUUCCAUAGGUACCCAAAGUAUUUUUAAUGCUGCGGUAACGGACACCUUUCCUUAAGUCUAGCAAAACAACGAAUCGGUCGGCAUGUUACUAGAAGAUGCGCUAAUUAUGACAAGUUAUAACAAGUAAGAAGUAAAUGCAAUUAAAUGUAUUAUUUUGUUGAUAUAAAUAGCUAAGAAAAUUGUCGCUUUUCAUGGAACUAACUUUGUGUGUUUCUCUUAUAUGUGCAUGUACUUUAGAAUGUUGUCAGACAAUCCGAUAACAGCAAUCGAACCAAUGGCAUUUAGGCUUCCUCUCGUCCAAUCAUUGACACUGUAAGCUUAUUUCUACCCUACAGUGGGUAUCUUGUGUUAUCUUAGUACAUACUGGCCUAAUUGUGAUACGCAGAAUUUAGGCCAUUUACAACAAGCAGUAGCAAGGGUAAUUUUCGACGCCUUGGUUUUCCGAAUAGUGUAAUAGAUAAAAGCCGAUAUGGGAAAACCAGUUGAUAAACAUCGGUUAAGAUCGAUAGAGAUCGAUAAAGAUAAAAAAAAUAGCCGGUGCGGUGCUUUGGAUAUGGGAAAACCACUAGGGCUUGAUAAACAUCGGUUAAGAUCGAUAUUUUAUAUUUGUAAAUAAGAAAGUAGGCCAAAUCUGUUUUAUGCCUGAUGAGACAACCGUGGAUAAAUAAAGUAUUCUUCUUCUUCUUCUUCUGUUUUCGUUGAUAGCGCUAAGCGCGAAGGCCUGAAAUUGGAAAACCAGGACUACCCUUUCAGAUGUUCCGUUGCUCCAGGAAAUUUUCCCCUGUAAAGUCAUAAAAAGUUGCGUUCCAUUUAUUUUCCAACAGGAUUUUCCGGAAACUUUUUGUAAAUGGUAAACAACCGAUUAUUUGAAAAAUGAAUCUUAUUUCAGAUUCAUCUCUGCAUGCCUGCCAAUUAGCAGUGAAUUGACAAGCGAGGUACUUAUGAGAUGUCUGCCAGCUAGCUCAGUUCGCUUAAAUUUGACUGAAAUGCCUUCAUAAAGGUUUUAUGCAUUUAAAGAUUUUGAAUCUGAUCAAACAAUGAGAAGCUUUAGUAAAAAAUUCUUUACUCAUUACGCCUUCAGGAAUGCAGAUUUGAAACUGACACUAUCUAGAUGGAGAAAGGACUAACCGACUGUAUUGUUACCAAUAUUCAUAAUAUAUAUAUUUAGCCACAGCUAAAAGCGAAGCUCCCAUUGAUAAACUUAUAACUUAAAUCAAACAUAAAUUUUGUAUUCCACAAAUCAGUUAACUUAGGGGCACAUUCAUGUGACUUUUGAGGGAAAAGCUAAGUGAUUUUGGAGUGAAACAAAUUUUGUAUCGAGUUGAUAUAGCCUUAUAUGUACACCCGAAAAAUAGUCUUCGGUCACAUUUAAGAGCAAUGAUGGCUCUUGAUCACAGUAGAUAAGGCGUGGAAAACAAAUUCUUGGAAAACAAAUCAGACCGUUUACAAAUUCUCGCCAAUAAAUCUGGGUGCGUGCAAACCAAUCUUUUAUUUUUUUAUACACCACAUCUGAGGAGAAAGAGUACUAUGAGGCGCUGUUUUUAUCAAACAGACCUCGUACAAAAUGCAGUAUUUCACAAUUUUUCGAGACAAAUUGCAUUCAUUCAAUAUUCAGGACCAUCGAAGCACGCGUGGACUUUUAAUUAGCGAAACCGUUCAAAAAAUUUCCAAAAUCACCGAUACGGCCAGCCGGUUCUAACUUUUGACAAGCGCCAAAUUUGCGAAGAAAUUUUAAAAGAGUUACGCUGUGAUAAAUAAUUUAUUGAGUCUAUUUUUUAUUAACGGUUUUAUAACGAUGUGUAAUCUUAAAAAGCGUUUGAUACGCUUGGCAUUUUGAGUACUCCUGCAAGCAAUGUUUAUGAACGGCUGAAAACAAACGGCAAAGCGAUGAAAACUACACUUUUGAGACUACCAAAAAUCAAUAAAGAAAAAUAAUUCGAUAGAACAUUUACAGAGACAACAAUUUUCAUUCACGAAAACAAAUGAGUAUUUAAGUGUGUCUAAGAAUCCUCAAGUCUUUACUAGUAAGCUUAAAGUUUAUGUUUUAAGCCGCCGGUUUCCCGGUGUUGGCUGUUUUCAAAGAUGAACUCACGACCAGAAAAUCGUUCAAAGCUUUCUUUCUACAGCCAAAAUUAUAACUAAAUAUUCUUCAGAAAGUUUUUUCUUUCUAUUUACGGUGAAUUAAUAUCGACUAAAGGCUUUUUAAAGUUCUGUAAGCUUAAGCUUAUAUCAAACCUCAUACGAAGUCAGAUCAGUGUCUCAGUCAAAUCUUAAUACAAACGUGCAUAAACUAGCUUCAUAAACUGCACAGCUGGACUUCAUGAAAUUAAAUUUAAAUGCAAUAAUUACUCAGGCUUACCAUAUUUCGAGAUGCAGCUCCUGAAAGCUAUCAAGUAAGGCAAGGAUCGCUUGAGCCUUUAUAAUUCUCGUACGCAUCCAGCAAAGUGAAAAACAAAAACGAUGCCAUCCGAAAUCGGAUUAUCGGCUUUGACAAGCGACGCAUUUUUCAACCAAAACCCAAUAAACAAACCAGCCAUGAAUAAGAGAACACUCUUGAUAGCAGCUGUAUUUCAUUUUGUACAUCCAGUGGAAAAAGACAGUUAAAAACAUCACAAGUUGACUCAAAACUCUGUCAGCUUCAGCUGUCAAAGUAAACAACUUUCAAGAUGCUGCAUACAUUUUACGCAUGAACUCACCUGUCAAAUUUUAACCAAUCGAUCAAUUGGACGUGGAGCGUGACCAACACGUGACCAUGGUAAGAAAAGGUCUUCCCUGCCUGUAUUUUAAAAAAACUGGCUGAAUUUUUGCGUCUGAGGUCAGUUUGAAAUCAAAAUCGUAAUAGUGCGGGGUGAUACUGACAUAAACACAACAUAUUUGUUGUGCAUUUAAAACUAAAGUAAACGUGAGCCUGCGAUCAUUUCAAAACGAGUAAAUUGUCAGCGGAUAACUUCAAAAAAUACUCGACCUUGAUGGGUCGACACCUGAGCCCGCGAUACGGUCUGGUGAUAGUGGUCAGCGGAUACCCUGUUUUGACAGCUGUCAAUUGAUGACAACAUUGAUGUGCCAUCAGCUUUCUCCUGGGCUUCCAAAGUAGCUAGUAAGUGUGAGAGUAAACAUUGGUAUGCCUGUGGUGCGGACGGACGAUCGGUCGGUCGGGCGGUCGGUCACGUGAUUACCAAAUUUUCUGGAAUGGGUAGAUUUCCUUAGCUAUGGGGUUCCGCCCACGCGCGCGCGGAGCUCCGCUAUAAAUUUUGCCCUAUUGUGGCCCAAACAAUGAUUAAAAACAGUCAAAAUGUUGUUAAAAACACAACUACAUUCAAAAGGAGUAUCCAUUUUUUCUCUUUCUGACAGAUUCUUGUUGCGAACGAAACUUAAGACAUUGAAUCCUGAGUCUAUCAUCGGCAACAGUAUGACUGGAUCACUACAUCUCAGCGGGCUUCAUGGUCUUAAUUCAACCUUGUAAGACGACGUGACAUGAAUUUAAGCGCACUUUUCCCUUUUUCCACUGUCUUGAGUACGUUAAUAUUUCCAGUGAAGGGAAAAGAAGGUCACUGAGGUGGAACAGGAUGAUAGUCUGAGUGUAAGCCACUUCUUUGAGGGAGGGUCUGGGGGGAAGCCUAGAAGAGAGACGCGAGAAGGCCUGAUACUAAGACUAGAACAGGACGUCAUCAUCACGAAACCUCUCCACUUCAGUGGUCAAAAUAAUGACCUGCUGGUUCUAGAACAACGUAAAGGUGCAUUAAUUCGGGUAAUGCCCUUACUCUUCGGCCUACCUUCGCUGUUAAGCCGCGCUUGGUUGAUUUAUUUACUUGUGAACUCGUCAACUCCGUUUCCGGGCGUCGCAAUCCUUUAUUUUUUUAUUUAAUUUUACAGUCGCAUUCCCCUAGUCACGACUGCCAGACCUCGGGGACCGAAAAUAAAGAGUGCUAUUCUUGGGUUUAGUUUACUGAAAAUAUAUCGUCUGGCAAGAUCACAGCUUUAUAAUAUCCCACACAAAUUCAAAAAUAUAUCUGACUUUCUCUCACCUUCAUUCAUACGUGGACUCUACUUUUUUAAAAGGUUGUUUUGUCUUGUUUGUUUUGGCUCUUUUCAGGGUGAUGGAAAACAGGACGUUGAGAACACUGAAAUAUAUUUCCAUCAACAACGUCCUAUCUCCACUUCGUUGCGUAAUAUAUCUGUUAGUAUAUUUAAAUUUAUAUUCAAAUAUGUCCCGGUCUUUCAAAGUCCGCUAAUUAGAAGUGAAACUCGAAUUAGAUUCCUGAUCAUCCUGCAGAAUCUCGGUGCUUUCGUAAACUUGGCUUAAAAGGAAACGUACUAUUGGAAGGUCUAAGGCCAGUGUUGUUCCAGGAGAGAUGGUAUUUGCUUCGUAAAUCAGAGAAUUCAAGGAUUUACAAACUGAUUAAUAAACACAGAGAAUCUGAGGCGCCUUGAACCGUCGGAGAUUAAACAGACAAGCGUUACGAAGACUGAGUGCAACUAGGGGUUUAAAUUUAUGAUUAAUUCCUAAGAGUGAACAAAAUGAAAAUUCUUAUGUUGACACAGAGAUGAGAAGUUUCUUAUAUUACUUAAUACUCAACUCCGAUCUGUUGAUUUUGUAAAGUACCUUUUAAUCUAAAACACAGUUGUUUUAAUAUUAGUAAAAAAUGUAAUAAAUAGGAAUGGUAAUUACCAUGAAUAUAACAGUAAAAAGAGCUGGUCCGCCCCAACUAUCAUGUAAACCACUUGCUGGCCCAGUCUACGAAUGUGAUGUAUUUGUAUAUAAACCGUUUAUUUAAAGCUAUUUAAAUUGCUUUCCUUCUUUCGUUCGUUCUUUCGUAUCAUACUUUGUCUUGUCUAGAAACCCACACGAGUCGCAAGCGGAAAAGAUUGUAUUAAGAACUACUACCGCAACCUAUGAGAAAAAACUGAUAACUGCUCUUUUGGCCUCGGGAUUCAAAGAAGUGCCUGUAGAUAUAUGGAGACUUGGUGAUCAUUAUCCUAAGGCAUUUUUACCAUGUGCCCGUGGUACAUUCUCCAAUAUAACUUCUCAAGGAGCUGAAGGAUGCAUAUCAUGCCCUCCAGGUAACUUAGGCCUUGUUCAAACGUCGAACCAAACUUUGAUCGUCUCCGGGACCAACGCUUAUGUUCACAUGCGAGAAACUAAACUAAUAAAUGAAGACGGAAUCCACCAGGAAACUGAGUAAUUUUAAUUUUCAGUGGACAAAAUCUUGUACCAGAAUAAUUUAAAGAAUAUUGCAUUCUUUUUUACAUUUGGGCUUAAGAUGUAAUAAAUCAUCUGUAGUAACACCAAAGAAAAUUUUUCAUAGAAUAGACCACUUGCAAUUACUACUACAACCAGAAUCCUUCAAGGUUUUGCUUUCUUGUGCAAAUUAGAGCUUUUGUUAUUUAAACCUAUUUAAAACGCAAGGGAUUCUGGUCCUAGUAGUAAAAUGACGCCAUCGUGCAAAUGUUCCGAGAAAAUGAAUGUCAACUUUCACAAGAAUUGAGAUUACACAAGUAAAAUUCUGAAAAUUCCAUGUGUAAGAUGUAAUUCUGUGAAAUUUGAAAUUCAUUUUCUCGGGCUCCCAUGAGAAAUUUUUUUGGUGUUACUUCAGAUAAUUUAUUACAUUUUUAGUCCUUGAAAAAUGUAAGAAAGAAUGCAAUAUGCUUUAAAUUACUCUGGUACAAGAUUUUUGUCCACUGAAAAUCAAAAUUACUCAAUGUCCUGGUGGAUUCUAAUCUCGUACCCAGAUCUUACUCUGUUUUACACUGAAAAUCCCUUGGCCGUGGGAGAUCUGGGUACGAGAUUAGGUGGAUUCUAUCUUAAAAAUACGUAUUAUAAGGUAUAUUUAGCCUCGUUUGGCUAAAAUUACUUUUUGGUCUGAUUCAGUUGAUUGGUUCGACGGGUCCAAAGUUCGACGUCUGACCCAACAGACGAUUAGUUAAAUUAGGACCUGUUUACAUGGAGCUGGGGAACCCCGCAUAGGUGAGGUGACAUAUAGCGGGUCACCCCAUUUAUCAUGUAAACGUGAUCAAAUUAAAAUGAGAGAUUAUAUUGACAGGCCGGUUACCCCACCUAAGCGGGUUACCUCACCUACCUGGGGUCCCCCAUCUCCAAGUAAACAGGCCCUUAUUAUCUAGGUCGACCGAAAUUAGAGCCUAGUUCUUUCCAUGAAAAGUCCGACGUUUGGCCUGAGCCUUAAAAUUUUAAAUUGAUUGCAGAAAUAUUCGUGGCACGCUCAUUGUAAUUGCGCGUUUCUAAUUCUUUAUUUGCUUUAUAUUAUAGACAGUAAUUUUCCAUGGUCUAUACCCACUCUUUUAUACAAUGAAGUGAAUGCGCAAGCCUUGAAUGGUCUGGCCAUGAUCUAUUAGACAUUACAGACACACGGUUGACGUAACAGCAAACUUAUUUUCAUUGUUUUGCCCAACAUUCUGAGCAGUUUUGAAAAAAAUUUUCGAGAUUAUUUUGGAUUUUGAAAGUAAAUGCCCCCAAAAAAAGUUUAGCAAAAGCGCUGCUUACAAGCAAGUAAAACGAAUAAACCGAGACAAAAAGAGUUCUUGGCGAAAUGAAAAUGCCUAAACGAGAAGAAAUUUUCACAACUGUUUACAUCGUGUGUCAUCGCUACGAGAGACUUGCUCGCUGUGCGCGGUCAUUCUACUUUGAGCAAGUGAAGACCUUGAAAAGCCUUUGGGAAAAUUUGAGUGCGAUUUGAAGAUAGUAAGGAAGAAAAGAGACGAAACGUAGCGUUUGUGACUUGGAAAAUAUUAAGACUAGCACAAAUCCUUGAACAGUCGUCGAGCAGUACGAGGCAAGAUUGUAGUUUUUAUCAUUAUUAUUAUUAUUAUUAUUAUUAUUAUUAUUAUUUAUCUGUUUAUCUUUUUUUCUUUUCAUUGUAUAAAAAAAAUAGAUCCCAGGUUGUCGAGUAUCAGUUGAGUUAAUAGAUCACAGAAGACUUCAAAAUAUGGCCUUCGGCUCAUAUGCCACUUUUUUUGUUCCUACCGGAUUUUAACAUCAUCUUACCAUUUUAACCAUAAUAUAAUGUACCUUUUUUGUUUCCUUUCAGGGGGAUUUUACUCCGAUGACGUUGGAUAUGUGAGCACCAGCUGCAAGAAAUGUCCAAACGGUUCAUUUGUUGCCCUAGAUAAAGCACCUGGAAAAGAAGUUCAGGACUGCAAAACCUGUCCGCUUGGUAGAUGAACACUUGAUAAUCAGUAUCUUUCUAUUCAAUUUUCCUUAUCCCUGUUAGGAGGGACGGGCAGGAAAAAUCAAGAGUUGAAAAAUCUGUUUCUUUCAUUGUUUUGCUCAUCAAUACAUGUAGCUCUUAGGUAGAUAAGAAACUUUAUGUAGAUUUUUCUCGCCAAAAUCCUUUGACUUGCGGGAAAAAAAGAAUAUAGGUUUUCGUGACUGGAGUUUAGAACGGCCUAAUUUUUAACCUGAAAUUCGCUUACAUUAACUUUCCUUGCUUUCACAAACCAAGCAGCUGGGAGACAUGUGGACACCUUUCAUCAACACAAUAACUAUUUCUUCUUUCAUCAGAAGAUUCCUCCAGGCCAAUAGCAGGACUUUUUAAACUGAAGUUAUUCAGAAAUGAGAGAAAUUGUUUUCACAAUGACAAAAACUUACGUUUUGCUGCUCAUUUUUGACUUCGCGAAUCUUCGCGCGUUUAAUUGUUAAUGGCAUGUGAGUUUGGUGCAGAACGCUUGGCCAUAAUAUCUCAAAAAUUAAUUCUGUUUAAAAUUGUCUCUUACUCUAGGAACGAACAGUGACGCACACGCUGGACUACGUGCAUGUGAAUGCUUAGAGGGACAUUAUCGGACUCAUAUGUUUGAACAGUGUCAAAAAUGUACAGAGGGACUAAAAUGCCAAGAUGGCUAUGCUACUUUGCAAUCUGGCUAUUGGUGGAAAUGGAAGAACAACGUCCGCAAACAUCGCUAUGGACACUUUAUAGCCAACCUCUUAUCAUCUUCCCCAUCAUUUGAUAAAGAGGACGUGCAAUAUGCGUAUCCCCUACCAACUCCAUAUAAAUGCCCAGGAAAAGAGUCUUGCAGAGGUGGCAUGGAUUCUGUUUGUAAGGAUGGCUACAAAGGUCCACUCUGUGAUGUUUGCACAAAAGGAUACUUUAAGCAAUUUCAUCAGUGCAGGAAAUGCCCAACAAAGAAGUGGAUAGCCGCACAGAUGUUAAUAGUUGUUUUAGUUAUUUUGACAAUAAUAGCAGUUUGUGUUUGGACAAACAAAAUAAAGGAUAACAAGGGGGAGGGGAACACUGUGGCAGACUCUUUUCUGUCCAAAAUAAAGAUCGCAAUUGGAUUUUAUCAGGUCACUUAUGGUUUACUAGAAGCAUUCUCAUACAUUGAAUGGCCAGAGUCCGUACAGGUAAUCGGCAAGUAUUCUGAAACACUCCAGCUAAACAUACUUGAGAUGACUCCAAUUAACUGCAUCUUUAUGGACCUAAACGUGGAUGCUUUUGCAAACUUACUUUCCAUGAUGGCAGUUAAUUUUGCCACUGUCAUCUGUGCGGGCCUAUGCUACCUUGUAAGAAAAGCUGUUAUCUCAAGUAAAGCAGGAAUGGACGACGACGAAAAGUCCAAAAAAAUAUCACAAGCUAAAGAAACCGUAUACAAAAAUUUGUUCUUUUUCCUGUACAUCACCUACCUUAGCACGUGUUCCAAGACAGCAGCUGUUUUGCCCCUUGCAUGCCGGGAAAUUUGUCAAGACGAAGAUGAGGACUCGUGCACGAAGUACCUGAAAGCCGAUUACAGCAUACAAUGCCAUGGGCCUUUGUUCAAUAAACUAGUUGUCGGAGCAUACGUUUCAUUGGCCUACGUUAUUGCUCUUCCUACCGCCACAUUCAUAAUCCUUUGGAGAAAACGAAGAAUGAUAAAUAGUAAAGAAGACAUCAGAAAAUGUAAAGAUAAAGGCCCUACCACUGAAAUAAUCAAGGGGUUGCAAUUUCUUUACGAAAACUAUACAACACGCUCUUGGUACUGGGAACUAAUAGAGACUUCUCGCAAAGUAAUCGUCACAUCCGGUUUGAUACUCGUGGGGCAGGAAAGCAGAUCAUACAUUGGCUUAGCAUGGGUUAUUGCUGGCAUAUAUGGAGUGCACUUUGCCUGGAAUCGUCCUAUACAAGACGCCUUUGAAAAUCGAUUGAUGACCGCAUCCAUUGCUGUUACAGUUUUCAACUUGGGUGUUGGAGCUGUCAGUAAAAUUCCUACCGAGAAUGUACCUUCAGCGACCGACGUUUACAUUGAUACUGUCAUUUUCAACAUAUUAGUUCUUGGAGCAAACAGCUUGGUCAUCGGAUUAAUUGCCUGUAAGAGUAUUAUAAUUAAGAUUAUUAUUAUUGUUAUUAUUAUAAUAUAGACAGAUUGUAAGAUCAUUGUUAUCAUUAUUAAGUCAUUACUAUUGAUAAUAUAAUUGUAUCAAUAACAAAAUGCUUGAAUCCUGAUUGGUUCUUAACAGCCCAUAUUUAUAGUCUAAUUUUGCUAUUGUAACUCCAAAUCUGUCCGAUUUGAGUUGUCCGAUUACACGGAGCUUAUAAUCGGACAGUUAAGGAACCAAUGAAAAUCAAGUAACAAAUGCUAUUAGCCAAUGAAAUUUAACUACAUAGCACAUGAUAACCAAUCAAAAUCAGUGAGAAAAUGGUGACCAGGUAAGCUGUCCAGCUUCAAAUGGAAAACAAAAAUGGAUGAAACUAACUGGUCCAGUGACUUUUAUUUAGAUAUUUUUUCUUCAGACUUUGACAGCUUGUUAAAUACAAAACAAAAAUGUAAUUUUUCUUUUGAAAAGUUCGUCAUUCUGUCGGGCUUCCACAUUCCUAUAAUUUGAUCCAAAGUUGUAACUGAUCAUGUUUUUGCUUUGGAAUCUUUCUCUCGCAUUAAUAAAUAUUCCAAGACUGAAAUUCUCGCAUUUUGUUAUUGACUCAAGUAAUUGGUAAGGACUCGUAAUUUCAAAUGUCUCGCCCGAUUACUCCCUGAAUUGUAAUCCACUCAGUUCUAUUUCCAUUACUUAUUACAAUUAUUAUUAUUAUUAUUAUUAUUAUUAUUAUUAUUGUUAAUAUUAUUAUUAUUAUCAUCAUCAUUAAUAUUAUUACUGCUAUUAUUCAAUUUUAAUAUUUGUGUGGGCUUUUUUGUUUGCCUACCUUUACAUUACCUUUGACAAACUCGUACAGAACAAAUUAACUUAAUCGUCCCUGUAGGUAUAAAUAAAGUCGAAGGACAAGAAAUCGUUGAAGCUCAGUUUCAAAGUCUUCAAAUAAUCAAUAUUACAGACAUUCAUAGUUUGUCUCGGUAAGAGACACUGCUCACGUUUCCCUACAAAUGAUCCAGGCAACUUGCUCUUUAAUACGGACAUUCCAGACUAAUCUACUCAGUGGAGUCAAUAUUCUUACGAACAUCUGUGUCGAUAAACCGUAUGUCGACUCCCACAGCCCUGUUCCCAUAUAUAAAAUUCAGUGAGACGUGAGACGAGACGAGACCCACACUGUUGAGACUCCUCGUUAAGAGUAGGGGAUGUACCGGUCUAUCUCAAAUUCACAUCCAAAUUGGGGGGCAUUCAUAACUCAUUACUUCAUUAUUGUAACCUGCACCACAGACAGACUCCCCAAACCGUGUUGAAAAUUUUCCCUGUAAAUCCCUGAUGGGGGAUUGAAAAACAUUGUCCACUUUCGAGGAAAACGGACCACAUAGUGCGUACACUAGAGGCAACCAGUAUCUGGUGCUUAAUCUCGCUUGUACCUACAGUUUAAGACAUUUUACUUCUCAAUCGCAUAAUUCUAAUGAGAUCUUCUGACGGUCAAGUGUUCGGAUUCCUUUCAGUUCAAUACAUGCUGCACCUGUAUGCCUAUCUUAAGGAAUGGUAUAAAAAUCCACAGUGGUCUUUCUCGUGCUGUCUAGCGCUGAUCCUUCCCUUUCUCAGUCUGCCCGGGGAUGUCAGUGGCAUACAAGGAGCAAAUAUAAUGAGUAACCAAUUAGAAACUGGAGACAUCGACAUGCCCACUAUUACCAAUGCCGUGCAAGACAGUGGAGCUAUUGAUAUAUCUCUUAAGGAAGGCGAAGAAUCCGAUGAUAGCCUUCACCAGGAUCGGAAUUACAUUCACACAACCACUCAGUUAAAAACUGAGCAAAUGGAAAAGCCAGCACAAAGCACUCUGGCGCAAACAAAUGAGGCUGCAAAAACCAGUGUUGACGAAAAGAAUCUAGAGGAUGAUAACACGAAGGUAACAGAUAUUAUCCACACUGCCAGUCAGCCAAAGGGCGGCGGAAAGCAAAUGGAGGCUUUUGCGCUUCUCUCAAAUCACUGUUCGUACAAGUGUCAUCAAGGCACCCAAACGAAGUUUGGGGCUCUUUGU